AUGUCCGAACUCCCCAAGGCUGAUGGAGAGGGAGGGGAGGGCAUCAUCUUCGGCAGCGUCCUCGGUGGUGGACGCUUCCUCAAGACGCUACAGUGCUGGCGCCGAGGGAGCAUGGUGGUGGUGAAAGCAUACAGCAAACGAGACAUGAAUCAGUCGCUUCGGGAGUACGGAGAGAGGCUGGAGAGCAUCAGGGAGCGGCUACAAGCCAUCCCUCACCCCAACGUCCUCCCCUUCGUCUGGUUCCCCGAGACUCAACGAGCUGCGUUCCUGGUCCGCGCCUACGUCCACCGCAGCCUGCGAGAAAGAAUGGCGUCGCGCCCGCUGCUAACGCGAGUGGAGCGACAAUGGUUCACCUUCCAGCUCCUGACGGCACUCGAGCAAUGCGAGAGUGUUGGCCUCGUCCAUGGCGACGUGAAGUCGAGCAACAUCCUCGUCACCUCGUGGAACUGGCUGGUUUUGUCCGAUCUGACCGGGUUGAAACCAGGGUACAUCCCUGAAGACAACCCAGCCGACCUGUCCUACUUCUUCGACGACGACUACCACAAGCGUUGUUACGUCGCCCCCGAACGGUUCUUCCACUCCUCCGCUCCUGAGGGCUCCCGCUACAAGGAGGGGAUGACUUGCGCGAUCGACAUCUUCUCCUCCGGCUGCGUCAUCGCCGAGCUCUUCCUAGGAGGAGAGUCGAUCUUCUCGCUCUCGCAGCUGCUCGCCUACAGGAGGAGGGAAUACGAUCCCUCGCUCAAGUUGGGAGAAAUCAAGGACGCGGCAGUGAGGGAAAUGGCAGGAAUUAUGAUCUCCCUCGACCCAUCCGAGAGAAAGCUCGCCUCCUCCUACCUCCGCGAGUACGAGGGCCGAGCUUUCCCCGCCUACUUCAGGUAG